UGGGGGAAGAUUCAUCGUACAUUCUGAUUGGCCAUGAACUUCAUGGGGCCCAUACGCAUAUAUCUGCCUGACGCGAGCGCAUCAAGUUUACUAUCUUCAACUCUUUCCUCAGGCCGGAAGAACAAAUCGAAAUAAGAGCCAGGUGAAAUUGAAAAAAGAAAAAAAAAACGUGCGGUCUCGCGCUGUGAUUCUGAAAGGGAAAUAAGUUGUUCUGGCCUGCAAAGAGAGUUGAAUAAAAAGUCAUUUUUUAAUUAUUUAAUUUUUUAUUAUCCAAAAUUAGUAAUUAAAUUAAAUUAUAAAAAAAAUUAUACGAAAAAUUUUGUUCAAAAUAAAAAAAUAAUUUUUUUAAAUUAAAUUUUUAAAUUUUUACAUCAUGAAGUUAAGAUUGUGUGCAUUAUUGGGAAUUUGUUUUUUAUUUAAUUCUGUUGUGGCGAAUUUGGCUGAUGAGGAAACGGGAAUUUUGGAGUGUAUUUUAAAGGCAAAUAGCGCAGCAUGUGCAAGAAAAAAAAUAGCAAAGGAAAUUGAUCAAAUUGAAUUUGAUAUUUCUGGAAAAAAAAGUGAUGUACCAAUGAGUGUUGUACUUGAGGAGACGGGAAAUUUUGUCGCCGAAACACUUAAUAAUUUAUUUGGAACUGAUAAUACUAAUUCUGAGAAUGAGCAAAAUGAUGAAACUGAAAGUCGAGGAAUUGUUGAGGGACGCAAAAAAGGAUUGAAGAAAAAGAAGAAACAUUUAAUGAAGCUAAUUCCAAUUGCACUACUUUUAAAAUCAAAACUAAGCUUUCUGUUACAAUUAAUAUCAACACAUAUGAGUGUUAAAUUUUUCAUUAUCGCUGUUAUUGGCCUAAUUAUAAAUAUUGCACGUUUCUGGUUGGAUUUAAAAAAAAGUCAUCAUCCAUCUAAAGUGAUUUAUUAUGAACACGCUCAACAUCAACAUCAUUAUGAUCAUGAAGAUGAACACGGUGGUGGAUAUUGGGGUAGAUCUAUUGACGAAGCUGGACAAGAUAUUGCCUACAAAGCUUAUAAUCCCGAGUAUGCGCCUACACAAUGAUUUCCAACUUUACACAACAGUUUGACUGAUGAUCAUCAAACUUCAAUUGAAUGGAAUUUUUAUCAAAAAAAGUAACUUAACAAUAGCAGACAAAAAAAAUUUAAUUUAAAAGAAAAUAUCGACCGAAAAAAUAAUUGAUAAUAACGAUGCCUACUUAUCGGCAUUUAUCGACAUUUUAAGUAUCAAAAGAAAACGAUAUAUUUUUUAUAUUGAUAAAACUAUUUUACGUAUAUUUAUUUUACAGAAAUAAUUUAUAGAUACAAUCUUUUUUUUCUAAAUAUUCUCCCCAACAUUUUGUUUUAUUAUUUAUAUUUAUUUAUUUAUUUAAUUACUGUACAUUACCGACUGCGGCAAAGUCGCUCCAUCAAUUACGGGAGAACUUUUAGAAAAAUAGAUUAUCAAAUUAAAACAAUAAUUAUUAUCUACUAUAUUAUGAUGAAAGAAAAUUAAAAGAGAAUUUUUUUGUGAAAAUUUUUAAUUGAAAAAAGUUGUAAAUUUUUUUUAUUAAACCGACAAAGAUUGCUUAUUAUAUGAAAACGAUAAAUGCAUAUAUAGUU